GGAUGAUGAAUCUCGAUCCUGAACUAACUUCUCCCUAACUUUAGCGGGCGGAGAUGACAAAAUAUACUUCCCAAUUGGAUAAGAGACGCCAAAUUUCGCUAAGGCAUCGGCGACUUCAUAUGGAAGUGAUGCUUGAAAAUUGUUAGAACAAAAGAAAAGAUGGGGAAAAAAGUUGGAACAAAAAAAGGGAAAAAAGAAUUAAAAACAAAAAUUGUCAAUAUAAGCCCAACCCAGCAUAUCGCCCACGCCCAAUAUAAAUCCAGGAAGUUUACAAAAGCCCACUCCCAGCAGCAUAAUAUAUAAUCUGAAAAAUAUCGCGGGAAAGGAAAAUUCCCAAAUUCAUUCCGGCGCCAGUGUCCCUCUUUCGUCAACAGAGAUUCCUCCGACAAUACCGAAAUGGAGCCCAACGAAAUUGAAGAAGAUGAAUUUGGGUUCUCCAGAAACUAUUUCCUGUCAAAGGAAAUUGGCAAUCCCGGCAAAAAGUCUGCUCAUAAGCUCUCUGAUAUUGACCUCGUCGACGAACAGGAGCUCAGAGAUGCGGUUGCCAAAAUUGAGCAGAAACAUGAACAAGAAAUCGACGAUUUGAUUAAAAGCUACAAGAGCUUAUAUCAAGAAUGGGUUCUUGAAUUAAGGUGUGGUUUCGGACUUUUGAUGUAUGGGUUCGGGUCAAAGAGGACAUUGCUUGAAGAUUUUGCUUCCUCUGCACUAGCCGAGUAUUCUGUGAUCGUCAUCAAUGGUUAUCUCCAGUCCAUAAAUCUAAAGCAGGUUCUCAUAACCUUGGCCGAACUCAUGUGGGAUCUUGUUAAAACCCAAACGAACACUAGUUCUGGAACUUUGUGUAAACAUCAGCAACCAUUCAAUACUCGAUCCAUGGAUGAUUUGAUAGCUUUUCUGAAUACAUCACACAUAGAGGAUGAUGAUUGUUUUGUCUGUGUUGUUGUCCACAACAUUGCUGGACCUGGUUUGCGUGACCCUGAAACUCAGCAAUAUCUUUCAAGACUUGCUGCUUGUCCCAAUAUACGCAUCGUUGCUUCCAUUGACCAAGUGAAUGCCCUACUCUUGUGGGAUAAGAAGAUGGUUCACACCCAGUUCAACUGGUAUUGGCACCAUGUCCCUACCUUUGCACCAUACAAAGUGGAAGCGACAUUUAUGCCUCUCAUUCUUGCUCAGGGCAGUAGUUCGCAAAGUGUCAAGACAGCUUCAAUUGUUCUGCAGAGCUUGACACCAAAUGCUCAGAGCGUAUUCAGAGUUCUUGCGGAACAUCAACUUGCUCAUCCUGAUGAAGAAGGGAUGCCAACCAAUAACUUGUAUGCUAUAUGUCGAGAGCGGUUCUUGGUGAGUAGCCAAGUGACAUUGAAUUCUCAUCUGACAGAAUUUAAAGAUCAUGAGUUAGUCAAGAUGAGACGAGAUUCUGAUGGCCAAGAUUGCUUGUACAUUCCUAUUCCGAAUGAGGCACUUCAAAAGAUUAUGCAAGAGCUUAGUCAAUAGGGAAGAGAUCCUGUUCAAAGCUUCUCCAAAGUUUAUGGUGGAAAAUUCAGAUUGGACGACUCUGUGAGCUCUUUUAGUCAAAUUACAGCAUGAGCAAGAUCAACUUCACUGUCUCUACUCUUUAUCAACGCCAUUCACUCUCUUUUUUUUUUUUUUUUUGGCUUUAUUUUAAACUGGGAUGGGAAGAGAUGAGUGAAUUGUUCAAGAGAAUUCAGAUCAUAGUCAGAUUAUGUUCUGUCGGUCUACCAUCUAUAGUAACAGGAUAUUUAUUUCUUAGCGAAAUUGGUGUUUGUUGCGUCUCAAGAUGUUGAGCAGCUUGAAUUGUAGGUUUGGUGGGUGGAACAAAAUUUGCCUAUGUGGAGGUUUUGUAGUUUAUUUCUGCAAAUGAUCUAUGAUCAGAUCGAUGGCAGGUUUCAUGUUAAAUGGACAGCAACAAUAUUUGCCUAGCUGGAGCUUUUGUGAUUUGAGGGUAUCAAACAUCAGGCUGGAAUGUUUGUUAUCAAGCUUCUCAAGUCUUCUGGUGUUUCAUUGUAUUUCAAGAUGCUGAGCCGGUUGAACUGUAGGUCGUGAGUGGACUGCAACAAUAUUUUGAUAGCUGGAGGUUUGGUAGCUUAUUUUUGAAAAUGAUAAGCGAUCAACUGUAGAUUUUCAAUGAUAAAUGUACUGCAACAAGAUUUUCCUAGCUUGAGCUUUUGUGGUUUAAGGGCAUGGAAAAUCCGUAGAAUUCCUUUCUGAUUCCUUCAUUUUGCCGUUGGUUCAGUAGUCAAGAAUGUUGAAUUCGAACUGGUUUGCAUGACUCUGAAACUCAGCAGUAUCUGUUAAGAAUCGCUGCUUCUCCCAGUAUGCGUGCCUAUAGUCGCUUUCAUUUACCAUGUGAAUGCAAUACUCUGUACGAACUAUUCAUUUGGGGAACUUACUUUAAGACAGUGUUAGGUAUUGUUAACAAGUAGAGAG